CCCUCCGCCGCAUGUAGGACCGAGUGAGCGGAAGCAGAGCCACAUUCACUCAGUCAGUCAGUCAGCUGGCACAGGAGGAGGCUGCGGCGACUUCCUCGUUAUUUCUCGCAGGUAUCCCACUCCCUUCGUCGCCAGAACAAGCCUUCCGGAUUAAACAACAACAAAAGAAAAAAAAAAGAGAGAAAAAUUUUGUUUUCGACGUGCACUCCACUCGAUGUGAAAAAGAGCGCGAGACAAAACAUAAGCGAAAUGGGAGCGUUCAGGGUGCUGUUGGGGAGUUUACAUUACAUGGGACUCUACAUGCAACUUAGUGUCUCCACGAGGCAAGCUGGACACGGCGAGAUAGAGAACCACAUCUCUGGGAACGCCAUGUUCACAGAGGUGCCUCACGAUAUGACUGCCCAAAGAGGUCAGGAUGUGGAGAUGGCCUGCUCAUUCAGAGGAGCGGGAACCCCUUCCUAUGCACUGGAAAUCCAGUGGUGGUACAUCAGGAACCAUCUUGACUGGACCCACAGGCAGCCCUGGACAACUAAUGAAGUGGCUCCUGAGGAGGAGAUGGCAAAGGAUGCUACAAAGAUAAGUGUUGUGAAGGUUGUAGGAAGCAACAUCUCCCACAAACUCCGCCUCUCCCGAGUCAAGCCGUCUGACGAGGGCACAUACGAGUGCCGCGUCAUUGACUUCAGCGACAUCGAGGGCGCGCGUCACCACCGCGUCAGAGCCUACCUGCAGGUGGUGCCGGAGAGCGACGUAAUCAGCCGUAACCCCAGCAACAACUUUGAGGCCAUGGACGACACCAAGAGAGGAGUGGGAUUCUCUGACGGGGACGACGGGGAGUCUCUCGGUGGCACCAAAGAGCACGCUCACAGCCAUCACCAGAAUCACGGGCACCACCAGGAGCACGGCAAGCGUUCUUCUUCACCUGCACACCACAGCCACGGCAGCAGCAGCAGCAGUCAGCAACACAAGGCGGGCAGAGAGCUGAGGAAGAGGGACGUGGACAGUAACCACAGUAGCCACAAUGACUGCACCAACGAACCGAGCUGUGCGCUGUAGAUGGCAUUACACAAGGAUUGCAUAAUAUGAUGUGUGUCACAGCAUAAAAAAGCUAUUCUUCCCACACAGUGCAGGCCUGUGCACAAAUCCAGAAUCUCUAGAAAAUGUCCAGUAUGGCUUAUUCUAAGCACAGGGCUGCAAACUGUGCAGGGAAUGUAGCUUUUUCUCGCUGUGCAUGGGUCUGGGUUGGACUGCUCACCUGUCUGUAAAGCCUGGCUUCACAGCAUUCAGCAAAAGGGUGGGAAGGGGGAGGGGGGUGCUGAUGUGUAGAUCUAGGCAGCUCCACAGGUUCUGGUCUCAGCACCAAUUAUAAAAAAAGAAAAGAAAAAAGAGACUUCUGUCUUACUAUUAACCCGUGCUCUGUUCCACUCUUGUACUUUAGAUACUGUAAAAGACACACUCUGCUUUCAUGCUCAUACUUCUUCCACUGCCUUACUCUGUCAUUUGAUACACCCUCAGAAAAGAAAGGCUGAUAUUGUACAUUUUAUAACUGGGUCUGUCCCCAGUAGAAAAAAAUCCUCCCUUUUAUUCUGAGAGUAUUCUGAAUGAAACUCAGCCUACUUCUUUCCCUGAAAAUCUUUUUCAGCUUCAUUGCAUCUUUUUUUUUCUCUUCUGUGUGCAUUCGAUAAGUAUACAGCCACACAUCGACAAGUGUUCUCCCUGUGUUCCCAGAGCAGUAGUGCUUAUCCAGCACAGACACAAGUCUUAAAUCACAGAUACAUCGAUAGUUUGAAAAGAGAGAGAUUUUAAAUCAAACCAACAACAACACGGGCUCCAUCCUCCCCGCAGAGCUCUUUUGAGUUUAUGACGCCUCUCUGAAAAUUUGCCUUCCCUCGCUCGUGCUGCAGGUUUGAUCCACUCAUGGCUGUUCACGCUGAGAGAAAUCAAUCAAUCAAAUCGCUCCAUGCGGACCCCACCCUAUUGGAAAGCCAUGAAACGGUCAAAUCCCAAUGCCUCUAAAUUAAACAGAUUUGGUGUGCCUCUGAAUCCUGACUAUAAAUACAUAGAAGGAACAGAUCGUGAUCUUCGUGAAACAAACUUCCCCCUUUUAUGGAGGAGCUGGGCUGUAUUCCUCUCCCAGCUUAGUUCUUUUAUUCCAGUGCUCUGGCCCAGUUCUUAUCAGUCAUUUUAAAAGAAAAAAGCCUCAAUCCUCUCCACUACAAGCCUCUAAAACCCACCCUGUGUACAUGACUGUAAAAUAUGAAUUAAAGCUAGUGCAUGUUUAGUGAUUUUCUUAAAAAAAAAAAGACUUUUGCAGCCAACCAAUAAAAACAGUGUUACCUGAGUUUACUUAUAUUGUAAAAAAAAAAAAAACAUCAUUCUGUUCCAAAUCCAUAUUUUACUUUUAAAGUCCUUUCAACUAGAUCUUUUAGUUUUUAAGCAGUUUUCUGUUGCUUUCCUGCUUUCCAAAAGUGCUGUACAGACAGAUGAAUGAUACAUUCUCUCCAUAGCUGCUCAGAAAGGGGGGCUCCCCUAAUGUAUCUUAGUACUUCAGCAGUGUUUCUUAAACUACUGUAUUUGCAGGGCAGCAAACAUGAGUGUAAUCACAUAAUAAUGAGCCUGAACAUGUGUGUCUGAAAACGUCUGAGGGGCCGUUUUACUUCUGCCAUUUUCAAGAAUAAUCUCUUUGCUUAGAUGCUUGUACGAAACCUCAUCUGUAAAGGUGAAGGGGAGGCUUUCUGGGCUGUAGGUUACUCUUAAGGGAUCAGUUGGGACAAUGUGGACAUGGGUAACACUUUGGAUAAAGCCUUCAGCGGUGAGGGGGUAAAGUAAGAGGAAAUGUUAGUGAAACACUGAAAUCGUCUGCCUCAAAAUAUAUUCUUGGGUUUCAAAGGCCAUGAAUGGUUCCACUUCUUUGGUGUAUUACUCUCCAGAGGGACAACAGUGCUGCUGUUACUAUGAGCAGCCUUCAGGAGGCUUGUUUAAUGGUUUAAAGCGGUGAUCAGCAGAAUUAUUUUUCAACCAGUAAUUUGAUUUGAUGUUUUGUAAAGAAGAGAUUACUGUUGGGGUGAAAAAAAAAGAGGGAAAUGUACAUUUCUUCUAGAAUGUUUGGUCUCUCACUAAGUGUAUGCCUUUAUCAAAUGAAAUAAAUUGUAUAUGAAACAAUGGAGUUUGAGUACUCACUACACAUUUCUACCUAAGUGGGUGUUUUUUGCUGUUCUUCGCCAGUUGCAGUUUACCUUUAUGGCCCCUUGCUCUGCGUGUGCCUGUCCAUGUGCAUCAAGGAGCAGCGAUGUUCGGCAGUUGCCUGCGUGUAAUAGGUGCUGCCAGAUUCCCCUCAUCCUAUUGCUGCUGAUGACUAAUGGUGCUAUUGUCAGUACUGGCAGCAGGAUAAAUAGCAACAGCACCGGAUGAGAUAAAGAGGCGCUGUGCCGUGCUCGCUAACAUUAAGCCAGGCCAGCUAAAUACAAAACGUGGUGAUCUUGUUUCCCCACACUAAACGCGUCAUACAUCCAUUAUGGAGCGGUGAGGUGGGGAGGUCCCGGGCUCUCCCAUCAGUGAGGAGAUAAUGGAAGAGACAUUCUGCUUCCUUCAUUUACACAUCUCUUGAACCCUGCAGGGCUCUGACUGAUAACAAUGAUAGAUCGGCCAGCAUCCUUGUCACUAUGUCAAGCAACCUCUGCCUUAAUAGGGCACAGUCUGUUCUAACCAGAGCUAGAUUUGCCAUAGAGUUUCCAAAGGAUCUUGAAGCACUUCCUUUACUAAUUGCUGAAAAUCAAAAAAUAAAAUUAAAACUCUGUCCGUGUUGUCUUACUACAACCAUCAAAAAGUAGGACACAAAUGUAGAGCUUAAAAAGAAAAGAAAAAUCAAUCAACAGCUGUAACCGUAUUCAUAUAUAUAUUUUAAUGUUUUGUAUUUUUUUAGUGGCUCCUUGGUGGAGGAGACACCCACCCUCAGGGCUUCCAAAGCUAGUACACUCGUACUGCUGGUCCCAAGCCUGGAUAAAUGAGACGAUUACAUCAAGAAGGUCAUAUGGUGUAAAAAAUGUGUUUGGAUCCAUCUGCUGAGACUCCCUCCUCGGGAAAAUACAGUGGGCCAAAAAAAGUAUUUAGUCAGCCACCGAUUGUGCAAGUUCCCCCACCUAAAAUGAUGACAGAG